UUUAAAUAUAUGGAGACGAACAUUUAACCCGAAGACAGCUUGAGUGGUAGUAGGCAAAGGCUAUAGUCGGACGGGACCGACCAUGUGAGACCGCGCUAAAUAGCGGUUAACUCUUUCUGGUAGCCCCGCUACGAGCCACGAUUUUGAACAAUCAUUACUCGCAUAUAUCUGAAACUAAAGAACUACAUUCUUUCGAUGGUGUACUGACCCAAUCGAAUAGACAGCUUAAUGACUUGCGGUAUCCUCCUGGCCGGAUCAAAGAUCACACUAUUCUAAUAUUCAGUAAUACGUAUGUGUAUAAAACUUUCAAUUAUGAGUUGAAAUAAAUUGCUGAUCACUCAUACCCACACAGACACAUGCAUUUAUACGUCCACAUGCACAUACAUACAUCUAUUUGCGGUUUACCAUACCCAUACCCAUAUAAAUAUUUGUAGGUACAUUGAUUUCUGUUUGGGUUUCUUUCUGUGGAAAACUAAACAGCCAAAUGGAGACAUUGUCGCCAAGACGCAGAAAGAGGAAAGGGCCCCAUCAUCAGCCACUGACAAGUCUAUGCCAACCAAUUAAUCAGCAAUGCUGGUUCGUCGUCGCUUCUCUGUCAUUUUGAAUGAAUUUCGCGAGACACCACAACGGAAGCAGUUGGGUCAGCGAGCAAGAGCAUUGCGAACAGUGACAUCUCCUGCCCGCCAAAGAAUCGCAGUAAAGAGAACAAUGUGUGAGUCACAACGGGAACCAUACUCAAGAGUCGGAGGAAAUCAUCGUAUCGUAUGGGAACUAUGGUCAGAUGCGGUCGGUCUGUCUGUGCGAUCAAAUGAAUGAUCGUGGGAAUUGCCUGAGCUGAGCCAGCAGUCAACCGUAUCCCAUCUCUUUGGUACCAGUCAUUAUCGGAGAGAAUUUGCUUAUAGCUUUCCCAAUGUGGCUCUCUGUUUCUGUUCCACGUACGUCGCACGCUCAUAAGACAAUUUGUGAACGCUCAACUAUCAGUUGUGCUUGAAAUGUUUAAGAGUACGGAUCAUUGUCGGCAAGUUAACGCGUAGCGUAUGCGAAAAGUGCAUCAAUGUCUUUUAGGCAUACGAAAGAUACAAAACGGAAACGGUCAGAAACUACUUCACAAAGAAAAGAACAGAAAACGAUCGGCAACUUGACAAACAUCAAAUAACAAAUAACAAUUGAUGAAAAUCCAAAGCAUACCAAAACUAUCCGUCGAACAAAGGCAUCCGCAGAGCGUUUGACAAUUCUGAGUACGUUUAUGCUCCCAACGCGAAUAUACGAAUGAGCGUAUAUAAUAUCUAUAUACAUAGACUACAGCGUUGAAACAGAUAUACGUACACACAUAGCUAUUUUUCGCUAAUAAAACAUUACGUGUAGGGUUUGAGGCACGACGCUCGUGUAUUGUCUGAAAUAUAAACACCAUCACGCCAACAACAACUAAUACAACAAAAUCCAAAGCAGUGUUCACAGAAUUAAAUAGAAAUCUAAAUUGAGCCAAGCGACCAACGACAUUGUUUGGAAACCAAAAUUGAGCACUGGAAUUACAGUUUCGGGAAUAGUUAAGUGGCGGAAAAUUACGCCAAAGUGAUGCCUGAAAAUACGUAAUCAGAUAUUGUGAAUAUACGAAGAAGAAACAGCAGGUUUGAGAGACGUGCGGAGAAUCGAAUAUCGGAUGAUUGUAAAAGCGUGCUCUGCCCAACAGCGUGUAUGUGGAAUGCUAAAUAAUGGCAAUAGACUUCUUGAUAUUAGCUGUGCUUCUAGUGUCGUUUGUUAUUAACUUCUUGGCUCUGGCUGCCUUUUGGGCGACACCCGGUCUGCGGUCGACGGCCAAUCGCUUCACCAUCAAUCUUCUUAUAAUAAAUCUGACUGGCUGUGUUUUACUAGCACCUACCUUGUUUCUCAGCUGUGGUGGUAGUGGCGACGUAGGUGCGGACGGCAGCGACGACGGUAUAAGCAGUACAACCGGUUCUAAUGAGUCUGGAUUGAAUCUUUUGUUGGGCGACGAAAAUGAUGACAGCAUUGAAUUUUAUUCCAAGCCUGGUAACCAGCAAAUGACCAUUCGGCACAAUGGCCGACUGGUUGAGAAGGAGGGCAUCAUACUUAGAAAUUUCAGCCAAGGCUCUGCAGAGGACGGGGCUGAUAGACCGCGAACAAUUGAGACCAUUUACAAAUGUAAUACAACAUUCUGUCGUGAGCUCACCAUUGACGAAGGGGUCAAGUCUAUCGUCAUCACGGAAAUAGAGGAGGAAAAUAUAAUUCCGCAACAGGAUUCCAGAGAGGCAACUGGGGAGAUCCCCGACGUUUUACACCAUUCGCUCUCAACACGGUCGUGGUCCAUAGAUAUGGCAGCUGCACUGGGUGCAAUGGCGGUGUUGCUAAUAGUGGGCGACACAUGGUGUGCCGUUACUGACCCUUUGCGUUAUCAUAGCCGCAUUUCGGGAGUUAAGUCUUGGAUAUUGAUAGGAGUAACGUGGACUAUGGGAGUUUUGUUUGGAGCCCUGUCCGCCCUAAGAGAAAUAGACUUCGAGUCCGAAAUCGUCAUUAGGAAGGAGAAACGUCCUGUUCUAGAGUCAUCGGUUUUCUUUAGUUUCGACUCUGCUAGUAACAUUUUUAGCGUGGUAUUUUCUUGUGCCUACUUUUUGCUGAUAAUAUUGCUGCCAUUUGGAUUUGUGUGCGGCAUGUACUGGCGAAUCAUAAGCGAAGCUCGAGGUAAUGGUUUAAGGAUGCGUCAGAAUGGAUCGUCGCCCCUUUUGCAAAGCGCAAUAAAUCUAACACAAACUCAACAAGGUACGCCACUGCAGCCACACUGUAACAGCCUGUUCGUCCAUCGAAACUCUUUAGCAUCGACGUCAUCGCAGGGCGGGGGUUUACAAAUGCAGAUUGAUCUGUCCCCCAUCAAGGGAUCUCCGACUCGGCCACAGAGAGAUCCGAGUGUCAAAAUGCGAAUAUCAGAUGAUACCAGGCCUCAUCAGGAGUUGCAAAACAUUAUAUUAACACUCCAAACGCCUAGUGGCGAGUGCGACACCAACUACUCUGUUCGUGUACUGGAAAGUAUAACAUCAUCUCCAACAUGUUUAUACAAUGAUCAUCGUGAGCCAGGCAUACGUCAGGUGCAUUCGUCGCACAAUCUCCAAAGGAAUUCUCUUGUGGCACACAACGUGGCCCCUGGGACAUACCCUCACCAUUUGUUGGGUAGCCGUUUGCCACAGAACAUGCCCGGCAUUCAUUUGUUGGGACAGACAUUCCAACAGAGCCAACAACAUUCCCCAACAUCGUCUCAUCAGCCGCAUCAUCACUCCUUGCAGAUACCACCCAUGCACAGUUCAUCGAAGACUCUGAGUUACAUGUCUUCCCUGCGGCACAGGCUUUCUAACGCCUCGUCACUGUUCAAGUACCGCGAGGAAUCCCGAGCAGCGCGAAUCAGCAUACUGGUUGUUAUUAUGUUUCUUAUUUCCUACCUGCCCUUCGGUUGCCUAGUGGUCAUACAGAGCAGGAUGCCCUCUGCCAAUUUCCGACAGUCGAAUGAGUUGGCAAUUUUUAUGGUAUUACUUGCUAUCGCAAGUUCGCCUUUCAUAUUUGCGUAUCGCAUCAAAAGAGUAAGGCGGGGUGUGAAAAGGCUGGUGAGUUGCGACGAUCGGUGGAUCAGUAGGAAAAUACAAAGGCACAAUAGCUGCAGCAGCCGACUCAGCGCCAACUUGAAUAGGAACAAUAGCCGCGUAUCUGCAUAUUCUUCUAACUCGACUGGCGGUCAUCUAACGCCGCUGAGCACCCCGACCAGUCUACCUCAUCGAUCCAAUAGUUGUUGCCACACGUUCAUUAACAUGACCAUGCAGCCAGAGAAUGCAGCAACUAGCGACCGCAAGUCGGGCAAUGUUGGUAACGACUGUGAAUGCAACACCAAACGGCAAAUCCCCACUUUACAACCCGGAAUCACUGUAGUCGAACAAAUCCCACUGAAUGACAGCACGAUGCCAUUUGUCCGUGCUUCGAUUAAGAGCAAAUUCCUGCAACUAUUCUUUAGGCGACCGACGCAUUUUGACUGUGUUGCUGUUCCGAUUACCAGAGCCGAACAUCGACCCGUGUGAUCGCAUUGCACUGUUAGUUUGCAGCAUAUAGACACUGCUCGGCUGCUGGAUAAUGCUGACAGUGUUCUUGUAUCCAGAACCAUGUCGAAUUUAACGGUACUGAUUCCCUAACAUGCCGAAAAAGCCUAUUGUUCCAUUAUGUCUAGGUAUAUCUAUUAAAUGGAUAUUUUAUUUCCGACACAUACACUUCCACGGCAUUGACAAUAUUGACAAUCAUCGUGUCCCGACUGAUUUCGUAACACAACACAUACGAGCGCAAAAGACAGUCACGAUCACAAAAAUACGCGUGCGCCGAGAAUUAAUUAAAUUCGCAGAUUGCGUGCUGGCACAACACGAAAUUCUUUUCACAUGGUCUCGCGAGGCAAUUAACCCGCUGAACACAACAAAUGAACUCCUAAAGAGAGCAGCAGAAAAGAGAAGAACUACCUCGUUGCCCUCAGUUUGUCCCCAGAAGAGACUUACAGACAAGAAGAGAAUGUCUCAUUAGCCUGAAUAUACCGGAAGAAAUGGCCAUGGGGAUACAUCGAACUGUUUCCCCGACCGAGAUGUACGUUUACAACCAUACCAUCUACACACACACAUGCACAUAUGUAAAUACCCCAUGGAAACACCUAUGUACCUACCUAUCCAAAAUCUACAUUGUCAAACAAUAACAACCAAAUAACACAACCCUUUGCCAGAGCAAACAAAACAACGCAGUAAAUUAACAAAAUAAAAAAAAAAACAAA